AAAGAGCAGGUGAAGAUACUCUAAACUUUGGUAUGAUGGAUGUUUCCCAGUUGCCUUCUCCAGUUUCCGCUCCUCAGCAAGCUUCACAUUAUGAUGAGCUCUCCAUGAAACAGAGCUUGAACUUUUCAGAUAGCUUGAAGGACCUGAAGGAUCUUAGGAAGCAGUUAUACUCGGCAGCUGACUAUUUUGAAUUGUCUUACAACAGACAUGAUCAGAAACAAAUAGUGGCGAACACAUUGAAAGAUUAUGUGACAAAAGCUUUCAUAAACACUGUGGAUCACUUGGGCUCCAUGACUUAUAAGGUCAACUGUCUCCUGGAUGACAAGAUUGAGGAAGCAUCUGCAAUUGAGCUCAGAUUCUCUUGCGUUCGACAGAGACUAAGAAUGUGUGAGAUGUUCAUAGACCGUGGAGGCCUUUCUCAGCAGUCACUAGCGAUAAGAACUCCGAAGCACCACACGCAAUAUAUCUUACCAGUUUCAAAAGCUAAAGACGGUGGAGUCAGCAAGAAUCCGCGAUACUGUAUGACAAGUGAAGUAUAUGGCGAAAUGUCCGCUGGUGAACAUUACAUAUAUCCAAGAAAUAUAGAGACUUCUGCAUCAUUUGUCAGGAAACAGCAUUCGGCAAACCAGUUUCCACAAUCCUCCCCAGCCGGCACCUUUUCAUUCGCAAGUACUUCAUCCAAAAAAAAAGCAGAAAAAUGCGCCUCCCCAUUUCAAUUUCAACUCACACGUUCGGGUUCUCUUGUCUAUAGAUCUCCAAACCCUUCUAAUGCCAAAAGACGAUACCAAUCGGAACCCCGAAGAUCCACUACAAUGUCUACUCAUGUUGAGAGGAACAGAAGAACUGAUAUCGAGCUAUAUUCCAGCAAAAACAAACGUCUCUUCAAGGCCUUGCUUAGCAUGUGGAAGUCGAGAAAGGACAGCAAGUUAUACAAGUUCUUGGACGAGAACUAAGAAGAACAGGGGAUAAAGGAAACCAGAUAGACCCAUAUCUCAGCUUCUUUGCAUCAUAAGUGUACUUCAGUAUGUUGAAGAUCACUGGAAAUACAUUAAUUAUGUCGUGUAACUAAAAACGUUUCAGAUCAGACUGCUGCAAAUGAACU